UUUUCUUGCACGACCAGUUUUCUUCGUCUACCCGAAGGUCACGCUCGUUGCGCAGCAUCUCGCCUUUCUUACAUGAACCUAUAGAAAUUUUGGACUUGAUUUUGCCUUGCUGUACUUGUGCCUAAGUGUUUUACCUACGUAUACCUGCUUAUCUUGAGUCAUUGCGGGGCAACUGUAGUAAGUGCGGCGUUCAUGUCUUCUUGUCUGCGAUCUCAUAUCAGGGCGAAGACGGGUUUUACCUACCCUAACCUGUUUAUGAUAUACCGUGUGGCAGUUACUGACCUCUUCAGAAAAUGCCGUUUUCGCACCACAGCCACUCGGGCCAGUUCUGCCCCGGUCAUGCCAAAGACUCCCUAGAGGAGGUGAUCCAGUUGGCCAUCUCCAAGAAGUUCAGGACCUUCUGCCUGACGGAGCAUAUGCCCCGGGGAUCAGAAGACUACUACCCAGAGGAGAUCGAAGCCAACACGACCAUGGCCAGCAUGGUCGCCAACGAAGCCGCCUACUUCCAGGAGGCGCAACGACUGCGUGCCAAGUACGCCGAUCAGAUCCAGAUCCUGAUCGGGUUCGAGAUCGACUGGAUUCGGCCGGAAUCGCGCACGCUGGUCGAGGAGUCUCUAAGCCGGCACCCCUUCGAGUUCUUCAUGGGCUCGGUGCAUCACACGCUGACGGUGCCGAUUGACUACGAUCGGCCGAUGUACGAGAAGGCACGGGACCUGGCCGGCGGUACGGACGAGCAACUGUUCGAGGCGUAUUUCGAUGAGCAGUUGGAUAUGCUGCGGCAGUUGAAGCCGCUCGUCGUGGGUCACUUCGACCUGAUCCGGUUGAAGAGCGACGACCCCGAGCGCAGCUUCCGGCAGUGGCCCGGGGUGUGGGAGCGCAUCCUACGCAAUCUGGACUUUGUGGCGUCGUACGGAGGGAUCCUGGAGUUGAACUCGGCGGCCCUGCGCAAGGGGAUGAGUGAGCCGUAUCCGAACGGGGAGAUCUGUCAGGAAUUCCUCAAGCGAGGAGGUCGGUUCUGUCUGUCCGACGACAGCCACGGACUAGACCAGGUUGGGUUGAACUUCCACCGGGUUUUGGAAUUCAUCGAGCGCGUGGGCAUCUCGACGCUGCAUUAUCUGGAGCUGGCCGAGAGAGCAGCGGUGGAUGAGCGAUUCCCUCGCACUCAGGUUCGGUCAAUUAGCGUGAAGGAGGUGAAGCAGGAAGCAUUUUGGCAGUGAAGUGCUCUCGUAGACAUUUGCAUAUAUAUGAAUCUAUAGUCGAGCGGACAGUUGUAGUUGACAUCCUGUAUACUUCCCCUGGUGCCUGAGAAAAGAGGUACCCACCGUACCUAGAAUACAUACGGUACGGACAAUACGCGGGUGGUACCGAUAAGAUACGGUACAAAACCCCACUUGGUUCUUAUUUAUUCACGUUUUUUUCUCUCAGCGGCCCCUCAU